UAAGUUCUUUCAUAAGUCCGCAAUCUUAUCGGGCUUUCAUUUUUCGACAGUAUCUUAUAAGUUUUCGCUAAGCUGCGCAAACUUAUUAGUCAUUGCAUGCAGUGCCGCAACGUUUCUCCAAACUUUCAUUUUUAGUCGGGUUUUCGGACCGCACGGGUUUUUUCUGCAUGAUUUUAUAACUAUAAAUACUAGGAAUGUGACCUAUCUCGCCCAAUAACUCUCUUGGUUUCACGACUCCACGAUUCUUUAUCAAUGCCUGCUCUGCCCACCUCCACCGCUGCUGUUCUUCACGGUCCCAAAGACCUGCGCCUUGAACCUCGCCCACUCUGGGCACCAGAACCAGGUCAAUGCCAGCUUGAAGUCAAGUCUACUGGACUGUGCGGUAGUGACCUACAUUAUUACCUCGCCGGCCGAAAUGGGGACUUCGCCAUACGUUCUCCCCUUGUUCUUGGCCACGAAUCCUCGGGUGUAAUAACCGCACUUGGGGCAGGCGUCGCGUCGCAAUACCCUCAUUUACGGGUCGGCGUGAGAGUCGCAAUCGAAUGUGGUAUUCCUUGUCGAUCUCUCAAUUCCGACGGUUCAGCUCGAACUGGUAAGGAUGUUUGCAAACAUUGCUCCAACUCUAGAUACAAUCUAUGCAAGAAUCUGCGGUUCUGCUCAAGCGCAAAAACUUUUCCGCAUCGCGAUGGAAUGCUUCAGCAAAAAAUAAAUCACGAAGCUUGGUGCUUACAUCCAAUUCCAGAUUCUGUAUCCUACUCUCAAGCUGCCCUCGCCGAACCUCUUUCUGUACUGCUCCAUGCCUCCCGCAGAGCCGGUAUAUGCCCCGCAUCAUCAUAUCCGUCACUCGGCUCGUCGACGUCGUUCUCCACGACUUCCACUACUUCCACUUCAUCUUCAGCAGCCGGAAAGAAGGUUCUAGUCUUCGGUGUUGGCGCCAUUGGCCUUAUUGCAUGUGCGCUUGCUCAAGAACUAGGGGCUGAACGUGUUUGUGCUGUUGAUAUUAACAACGAUCGCCUGGCGUUUGCAGCUCGAGAAAGAUUCACCACGAGUGAGGGUAAUAGUACCUAUUGCCUGCCUUUACCUCCCAAAAUUACUUCGAUGGAACCUAAUCCGAAAGAACCGGAGAAUAUUCGUCGCGCGAAAGAGAAUGCUGCCAACGCUUUAGCUGUUUUCGACGAACCUGACGGAUUUGACGUCAUUUUCGAGUGCACAGGCGCUGAAAGUUGUGUUCUCAUGAGUGUCUUUUGCACAACUCUUGGAGCACGUAUCGCUUUAGUAGGGAUGGGGAGCCCGAUAUUAUCUUCCUUCCCGAUUUCCGCUGCAGCCACACGAGAAGUCGAUCUCAUCGGUAGCUUCCGCUACGCUGAUACAUACAACGAAGCCGUCGAACUCCUAUCUGGAUCCAAUCUUCUUACAUCAAGCUGCAAAGGCGGCCAUACAAACGGCGUUCAAGCUGUCCAAAAUGCAGGUUUCUCACAAAAACUCUCCAAAUUGGUGACCCAUCGAUAUCCGCUCAGUCAGGCCAAAGAAGCUUUCGAGCUUCUGGCACGGGGAAGGGAUGACCACGGAGGAAUGGUGCUCAAGGUUAUGAUUGAGUCCUAACUAUAGUCGCGCAUACUUCAUUACAUUUCGUUGCGGUCCUAGAUUUAUUUUUUUCUCUUGGUUUUAGUUUGCCGCUUUGGAUAUUUUGGUCACCCAUCAUCUACCUAUGCACGAACAUUGUAUGUAUGUACUUAUACUAUUGCAUUGUUGAUUGAGAUACAUUCAAUCCCCCGCGAAAAAGUUCAACGAUCG